UCCUGCGGCUUACCCUCCAUCGGCGAACGGAUGCAGGGAAAGCCAGAAGAGGCAGCAAGUCUGCCCGUUUUCUGUCUCCUACGCCAAACGAGAGAUGAAUUUCUCCUUGGCAAAGCAGCUUGGCACCAGCGUCCUCGUGGUGUGCCAGAUGCCAUCCCCGCGACGUGCCGGUCCACGAUGCACCGGGCUGCACGUGCUGACGGUGCGGGCGAUGCGCUGGGGAGGGCCCUGUGCCCUUCAGACCUGUGUUUUUCAAAGCAUCCGCGGCGGGGGGAAUUAAUUCAUAAAUCAUUAAUUUGCCCGCGUGGCUUCAGAUCGCUGCUAUCCGGAGCUCUCUGCAGGUGCAGAACUCAACGCCGGGGAGGGGAAGGGGCCAGGCCAGGUGAUCGCUUGUGCAGCCCGGGCUCAGGUAACACCGGCUGCCAUGGGAGCUGCUGAGAGCUGAGCUGUCACACACACACGGGCUCUGCUUACAGAGGGGCUGGGAUGCUCCAGGUUACACGCGCAGCCUGAGCAGCACAACGCCUUCCCUCCUGCAGGCUGGCGCUGCGCUCAACGCUCUGAUGGCAUUGGGGGUUUCCUCCAGCCCCAGGUUGCUGCUGAAAUCGAUCACCAACGCACACUGCAAAGGAUCCCGAACCAUCCCGGGUUUUAUUUCCUUUUUUCUCCAGGUGGGACACAAUGGAACCUGUUUAUCUCUGUGAUCUCGGAAUUCCGACAGAAAGCAGAGCUGUCCAGAGGAUCCUCUGCCCCAUGGCCGCAGAGCUCUGCCAUCUAAUCCUCGCCCUGGAACAGGAAGAUGGAAUGUGUCAGACCUUACCCAACCUAGAGGAGAACGCAGAAGAAUUAGCCAAAGCCACCGACGAACUCGCUUCUGCCGCCAGAAGGUGAUUUUGCUGGGUGGUGGGUGGUACUUGUGGGAUGGGGACGAGCUGAACCCCAUGGCUUUUCUUCCAGGUUGGCCGAGCAGUCCGGUGACAAGGUGUACCAGGAGGAGACACGGCUCACGGCCGAGUCCCUUGUGCUGGCAGGGAGGCACGUGCUGCAGGCAGCCCGCCAGCUGCGGGGACAGCCAGACAGCCCUGGGCACAGGGAGGUGCUGGCUGCGGCAGCGAAGGGCGUCCUAACAGAGACCGUGAAGCAGCAGAUACAGUAUCAUUUCCAGAGGGAUGCAACAGCAAUGCGUAACCUUAGCCGCACUGACUGUACCUUCUGCUGUGCUAGAUCCUUCGGAUCGAAGGUGCUGCUGGGGCAAGGCGGAUCACGCAGGCUGCCAGCUGGCUGUUGGAGUGCCUGGGCACGCUGCGGGAUGCAAGGGACAUGCCAGGACUGCUGGCUGCUUUCCGGGACUUCUCCGAGGCCUUGCUUCUGCUGAGCAAUCUGACAGCAAAGCACCUCGAGGAACUCCAAGACUCUCCUCGACGGACCAGCUUGGCCCAGACUUUGCAGCUCCUUCAGAAGCGCGUUCCUUUGCUCCAUGCAGCCAAGCACGGCCACCUUAAGCGCUCCUGGGCUCAACAAGACAACUUCUCCCAAAGCUAUGCUUUCCAGCUGAUGGAGAGGACCGUCCAAGAGCUUGUUUCCUUGCUUGUCGACAGCACAGGCAGCAAGGAGCUCCAGGACGGACACGGGACCUUCUCCCAGCACGUGCAUAGGCUGCUGGCUCUCCUCUGCCGCCCAGACCCAGUGCAUCUCUCCGACAGCGAGUUCAGCGCUCACGUGGAAGCAGUAGUUUUCUACUGCAUGCUGCUAGCAGAGACGUGCAGGCCAGAUCUGAAGCAGGAGCUGGUAAAACGUUGCUGGGUUCUCCUGCGGCUCAGAAAAAGCAUUUGCUGCCACGUAAGUCAGCAGGAGGGACGGACAGGGCCAAGCUUGGGAGAGAGCAGCCUGAAGGAGAAAUGUCACACCAUGGGAAAGGAGGUGGAGAACCUUGACCAGGCCGUGCUCAAAGCUACUCUGAACCAAAUCCUCGACACCUUCUCCGAAGCCAAGGAGCCCUUGAGGCAGUUAGUAGAAGAAGCGCUUACCCUUGCAGGGACAGGGUGUUUUCCAGCAGGGCAGGGAGCAUUACUGAAGAAGCUUCAGCCUCUCACUGCCACCUUUUUCACACAUGCCCAGCAGAUGCUCAGAGUGGCAGGCUUUGUCCUGGCCAGGUGCACCAAAACCCAAACUGCCAGAGAAAUCCAAGACUGGGUAGAGUACUUAAAGAGCCUCCUUGCCAGUCUCCCUCCAGUGCUCACAGAAAUGAGCAGAAAUCCAGCCCAUACGAGCACUGCUCAGCAGCUGCAGUCCUUGUACCACGCGUGGGCUGGAACAACAGAAAGCCUCUCGCAGUGUUUCGAGGAGACAGUCAGCAUGCAUGAAUUCCUGAAGCUGUCCAUCCAGGAAAUGGCCAAGCACAAGGAGUGCUGUGACGAGGCCCUACAAAGUGAGGACCCCGAAAGGCUCUCCUGGCAUGCCACUAGCCUCACCAGUUGGGCUCACUGGGUCGCUGAAGCUGCUGCCAGGUACGUGGAUAGAGCCACAGACCCCAUUUUCAGGAAUGGCUUGCUGGUCUGGGUUGAACAGCUGGCCAAGUCUGUUCUUGAGCUGAAAGCAGCCACGGCCCUUUGCCUGGAGAGACGCUCCUGCCUCCAAACUAGGGAUGCCUUUUCAAAGACAGUGAGCUGCCUGAUGGAUUCUGCUCACCGUGUUCGGGAUGGGCUGGAUGGGUCCAACCACCCAGAUAUCCUCAGCCCUCUCCGGGAACAAGUACGGAGCACUGAUGUUGCAAAGGAGCUUGAACUCAGCUCACCCUACGCUGGGUUAAAAAACGUUACCAGUCAAGCUCAAUUGCAAGAUGAUGUCUUAAGUCAUCCGUCUCCACAAGCAGGUAACUCACACCCAGAUGUUGCUCCAAGGAAAGGAGAAAUGCAGCCUGUCAUUACAGCACUCCUAGAAGCAACAAGAGCCCAUGAUACAGCGGCUGUGAACGCCGCUUGCUCCGCCUUGCUCGAACUCUCUAACUGCUGUGUCAAUGCAGCAAAGGAAGCGCUGCCUGUUGCUGCCUCUCCCCUGAUGGAGAUGCUGGGGCAGUACCAGAAGAUGAUCUUACUGACACAGUGUGUCAUUAGCUUGGCCAGGGAAAUAGCCCCAGGGCAGCUCCAGCGUCAAGGCAGACUUCUCCAAAUGGCACUCACUCUCUCAGAAACCAUCUGUGAGACCAAAGAGUGCCUGGCAGCCGUGGCAGGCUCUUGGUACAGUCUGUCUCAACAAGUACUGGGCUUUAUCUUGGCUGCUGACUUUAUGAGCGGCAAGCAGGCUUUGGAUGAGACCAUGAUGGGCUUAGCAGGAGCGGUUCAGUUAGCAGAGGACAUUGCGAGCAUGGCCUGUAGUAAGCAAUAUCCCAUUUGUCCUGGCGUAUGGGAGAAUUUUCUACAAGUCCAAGCCAAAUUUUCACACGCUCAGAUGAACACCAAAGUGUUACUUGAGAAAGCAAUGUCCUUCAAGGGCUCCUGCAAGCUGGGAGAGGCCAUCCUGGAGCUGCGCUGUGUCCAGUGGGCUAUCAGCAUGCACGUGCUCCUGGGUGCUGUGGAUCAGUUCAUAGGCAAAGACAUCCUGUUCCUGAGGGAGCUAAGAAGUGCCAUGAAGAACAAGCUUUGUUCGCAGAGCCUCUUGGCUGCUGUGUCUGAGAACUCCCUGAGGCUGCAGGAAGCUGCCCAGCUCUCUUACUUCACUUGCCCUGAGGACUGCAGUCGCAGUGAAAUCCUCGCCCUCAGGGAAGAGAUAAACGUGCUAAUGGAAGCACUGCUGGAUGCCUCCAAUACACUCUUGGUCUCCCCGCUGCCUACUGCCAGCUUGUACGUUCGCUUUGAGCUCCUGCAGAGAGACUUGGCCCUCAGGGCCAAGGCAUUAUUGCUCCACCUGGAGAAAGCCAACACUGAACAUCUACAAGUCAUUCGAGAUGUGGUUGGACCAGCCCUGUCUCCCCUCCCCGAGGAGUGCAGGGAGAUGAGCCAAAAAGCUUUUAAAGAGAAGGCAAGUCGGCUAAUGGCCAACGUUCAGUGGGUCAAAACCACCCUCCAAGAUGUCCUGGAGACCACCGCUCAACUGCAGUCGCAGGCAGACCUGCUCUCUGUUGCAGACCACCUCCUGGUGCUCACAUCUGAUGCAGUGGGCAGCGCCAGCCAGCUCUUCCAAAGCCACCAGGACAAAAGGCAUCUCCACCUAGACAUCAUUGUCUGGUACUGGUCAGCUAAAGCACACUACCUUGCCACGCAGCUUCAGGCUGUCCAGGGCAUCAAUGGACACAUCCUGGAGCUCAUGAGACAACACCUGCAAAACGUGGGGGACCAGUGCUCCCCAGGGCAGUGCAGCAGCACAGCCAAGCUCUCCCCAGCCCGACAGCUUCAUGCUCUGAGGCCCACUAAGUCAGCAGAAACUUGGCAGAGCGGGAGCGGACAAGCAAGCAGAGCUGUCAGAGAGGCACGUGAAAUGCGAGAGAACGGUCCUCUCAGUACCUUCUUUGCAAGCAGCCCUGGGAAGCAGGAGAGAGAAGACAGUAUCAGAAUGCAGGGAGGUCCCAGCAGGAUGCCCCAGAUCACCAAGGACAUGGCACUAAGGAUGCUUCACAUGACUCAGUUCCUGAGGAAGAAGGGCCCCAUCACGAGCAAGGAGCAGCUUGUUGCCUGCGCCAGGCAACUUGCUUCUGACGGGUUGGCAUUUGUUACGUUCGGCCGCGCCGUUGCGAAGAUCUGCCUGGACAAGAGAUGUUCCACGGAGCUGCUGCGCGCCGCGGAGCAGACCCACACCAUCAGCAGCCAGCUCGCCAUCGUGGCCAGGGUGAAAGCAGUCACUGCAGAGAGCAAGUCCUCUUCUGAGCUGCUCGUGAGCAACGCACAGAACCUACUUCAAGCAGCUGGGCACGUUCUGAAGGCAACCGAGGCAGCAUGCAUCAAGGGCUUGCGGCAGCCUGCUCCUGACUCUCAAGAAGCAGCAGCAGCUGCUUUUUGCACCGAGUGGAGAAAAAACCUGUUGUGGCACAGAGCCAAGCAAUGCUUCAACUCAGACAGGGAUGAAUUAGGCCUCCGCAAGACUCAGGCGAGGGCUGAGCCCACGCUCACAGCCAUGGUGCAAGGACAGUCGCCUCUGACUGACAGUACCGCCAGGUGUCCCACAUCUAUUACAGGACACGCCAUCACAGGCAACCACCUCCAGAAACACGAAGGGACUUCUGCUGCAGAUGAGCUGCCCCACUUUGAAGACAUGAGGUGGCUGGGGCUCUUUGGCAGGCAGUGAGGCUUCUCAAAUGUUGAUGCAGGGAAGACACCAUUUCAUGGGGUACCUUCACUACAUCUUUCGAGAAGCGCCAGUUUUUGUGCUCUCCAGCACCCAAGGCGCGAACAGAAGGCUGCAGGAACACACUUGUAGCAACAGCAGCAAACGUGGCUGGUAGGAUCAGAGGAUCAGACUGUGUUGCUCACUGCCUGCACCAGAAAGCCUCAGAGCUGCAAGGUCUUUCUGAGGGCCCCGUUCUUUGGCACACUGUCAAACUCCUCCUCAUCUAGCAGCACUGAGCAACGCUAACAGACACCCCCCUACAUACAGAAGCUAGAAAUCUCCUUAAAAGUCUUUUUUUAUCACAGGGCAGCAACAGCAGGUGCUGAUCUAGGAACGCUCAGUCCUUCUGAAUUGCAGAGGUUGUCUUACUCUUCCAAAUCCCCAGGGCCGGCAGGAGCAGUUUGUCACACCUGCUGGCCCUGACUCAGCAGAUCCUACAGCCUGAAGUGAGACUUUUCUCCAGAAUUCCAGGGCGCACAGUCACAGUGAAACAUUCAGUGCUGAUGCUCACCCACCUUGCAACGACGGGCAUCUGGAACAUCCAGGACCCCCGAUACUGGCUGCUCCUGUUACUGCUCUCCACAGCCUCAGAAAUGAGUCGCAAGCGUCCGAGGGAAAGGCUGCUCUGUGCUGGAGGAAGGGAUGGAAGCAAGCGCUUUUCCUGCAAAAGACACAAUGAUUUCUCACAGCACAUCAGACUUUAUUUGCUCUGUGGUUGCCAUCCGUCCCAGCUGAGCUCAGUGUGACAGGACUGUCCCCACGCACCUUCCUGCCUUUCUGCUGGGCUCAGACACCCCCCAACACCUUCCCCUUGGCUUACAGGUAGGUCAGGACUUGCACCGUAGGAAGAAUCCUCUCCACAUUUCAAGAGAGAGCAGCAGCAGCAGGCGCACCAGUGCAACCUUGAGCUCAGGGAAGAAAUCUGCAACAAACAAGCAAGCAAGCACAGGCAGAGAGGAAGCAGCCCACGGUACUGCAGCUGCGGAUGCCCUCGCGGAGCUGCUGGCCAGGCCCAGCUGGAUCAUGGAUGGAAGGAAGGAAGGAAAAAGGUUACACAAAGUAAGUUGCAAGGACAAGCCAGCCCCUUUCUGAUGACAUUUUCUCCUUACCUUGUCCUCCUCCUUGCCCCAGAUGGAGCCCUGCAUUAUAUUAAAGGUACUGACGUGGCAGUCGAUCUCCUGCGUUUGAAACGAGCAUUCUGGGUGCCCCUACCAAAACACAACCCAUUUCCAUCUGCAGCUCCCAAACGGAUCCAUACCUGGACCAACAGCAAACCACCCGAGAUCCUCCAGCUACCUCAACUGCAAGGCAGAACAUUUUGCCCCUGGUAUCAGCAUUUUUCCUUCGACCCUUAUUUUCCCCAUCCUUUGAAAAGAAGUCAGAGUUCAAUUUGGUGAUGAUGUCCUCGCUGCCCUGCAGAAGCAGUAACUCCAGGUUGCUGCUGUCCAUCCUGCAAGUACGGUCUAAUAACCUUUCACAUCUAAACACGAUGUGGCUACUUCUCUGUUAUCUAAGUUCUCAAUUAUUUUGAGUGUUAUUUACAAUAUCAUUCGUACAAUUUAUACUCUAAGAAAGUAAACUGAAACCACUAUUGCCUUCAGCAGCACCUUCCCUGCCGUGUUUUGUGCACACAGAACUCAGCUUCCCUCAGCUCAUCCAAGCCCUGCUCAGCAAUGCAAGGGAGCUCACGUUCCGGCCUGGAUCCCUGCCUGUCUGCCAGGCACAGGAACCAAAACCACCGAAUUUGCCACAAAUUCCAUCACAUCCCAGUCGCCAGCACUACCCAGGCCAACGCACAGAGAGCGAGAGGAAAAGGUCCACCAAGGAAGAGGCUUAAUGCAAAGAAACAUUCCAAGUGGGCGGGAACCAGAUAGCAAUUGAGCAGACUGCAAAAUUUUAUUUUAAAUGUAGCUAGCUAGGAAUAACUACAUUUCCUCUAUAUAAAAAGCAACCCAAAAGGCAAAACGAGAGAGGCUUUGAGGACAGUUGCGCUCUCGGCAUGCAACAUCUCUGAAAAUUAAAGAACAUGCAUGACAUUUCUCAUAGCAGCGAUGAUGAUCGUAGUCAGGGAACAAUGACGACGCCGUCCAGAUCAGAAGUCUGAUCUCGGAACCACUCAGCCAGCUACCUCCAUUGGGAUUCAAUGCCAGGACAGUUUAAAAGCCCACCGCCAUCCGACUGGCGAGGGCUGCAAAACCAGGCUUCGUCACCUGCGUCCUUCACACACCCUCUCUGCUGUUUCUCCAAGCCUGAACUAGCUGGCAGCAUGUCAACACCACAGUCAUUACCAGACUUUAACUGUACCCUUUUUAAUUUUU